UAAGCUACGAUCCGUUUUGUGCGCACGUUGCCAUCGAAUUUGCUCGUCGAGAAAUCGCAUAUAAAACACUUUAAAUCAGCAAACAUGUUCAAAUACGUUGUCAUUGUCGCUCUGGCUUUGGUCGGUAGCGCCGUAGCUGCGCCAGGAUACUUGAGUGGUGCGCAUGGUGGCGCUCUUUUGGAUGGCCUCCAUUCCGCUCCAGCCAUUUCAUAUGGCCAUGCUGCACUUGCUGCUCCAUCAAUUUCCUAUGCCGCUCCGACCAUUACCAAGAUCGCUGCUGCUCCGGCCAUCUCAUUAGCUCCAGCCAUUUCGCAUGCACCAGCCAUCUCGUAUGCCGCUCCAGCAAUAACAAAAAUAGCAUCUGCACCCCUUAUCUCGACCGCCUCGAUUGCUGCUCCAUCCUUGGGUUAUGGUUUAGGUCAUGGUAUUGGCUUGGGUAGUGGUAUUGGUUUGGGUCAUGGUAUUGGCUUGGGCCAUGGUAUUGGCUUGGGUCAUGGUGUUGGCUUGGGUCAUGGUAUUGGUUUGGGUCAUGGCUGGUAAAUCUGCGCUGUUAACGAAUGGAAGAAAGGCGAGAGGAACUGGAUUUCCUAUGUUACUGCAAAGGGUCGUUUUGUAAAUGUAAAUAUGUUAUAUAUGUAGAUCGUUGUAAUUUUCUUCUUUUCUUAUUUCUGUGCUGAGAGACGCAUUGAAAUCGUUUGUGUAUAAAUUUCUGCCGCUGAAAAUAAA